CGCCGUCCAAACACAACUAUGCUACCACCAACACGAACAUUCAGUCCCAAACAAGGGCUGGAAAAGCGUGAUGAUGAUCUUCGGCCUAGAAAGGCUGGCGCAACGGCAUCGACAUGGUCAGCUAUGGGAACCGGCUCACGAUUGCGCCGGAGACGAUUUCUCUUUGUCCUUCUCGCUCUUCUCAUCGUAUAUCUAUUUGUCAAAAACAUCCCGACAGACCUAGGCCCAGCUCCUGCUCGAAUGGGCUUUUCGUCCCCGCCGUCUGCAACCUACCAUGCGCCUGGCAGUCCGGACGCUGCCUUAAGAAACCCCCAGGCGCGACUGCCUCUGAGAGAAUCGGCGCCGACAUCGCAACACAAUUUCAAUGGUCCAAUCAAGUUCUAUAAGCUUGCAUCUUCACUGCAUGCUAUUGCUAAAACCAUGGGCCAUCGCAAGAUAAACCGCAACAUUCUAUUUGCAGCGGCAAGUCUGCAGAGCGCUACUACCUUAAUCCCUACGGCGUGUGAAAUGGCUCGAUGGCGACGUAAUUUUGUUCAUUUUGCGCUCAUGGGGCGGGGCGAUAUAACAAUUCAGGAGUUACUAGAGAUUAAUGGGAUUGGAGACGAGUGCGAGGUUUAUUGGCACGAUGCGCGGCCCGACUUUUCAAUCCAAAGCACGGAUUUUCGAAUGAGUGUUAGUGUCUCAACUGCGCUAAAUCAUUUGAACGAAUAUAUCCACCCGCAAGCUAUCAUCACAGACGCGCAAACAGCUGAAGAGGAGUUCUUCACAAAAUCAAUCCAGGAGAAGGCGGAAGACAUAGGGCGACCUGUCAUUUUCGUACCGAAAGAUGCUGUAGAGAGACUCAAAUGGAUCACUAGAUUGGACAGUGGAUCUCUUGGAGCCUGGAACAAGGCGAACGUCGAUAUACUCGUAAAUGCUCCCAUAGGCUCAUCUGGGACAUUGAUUCGACUGCUUCAGACAUUGGCAAAAGCUGAUUAUUUCCUAUCACAACCGCCGCGACUUACUAUUGAGCUCCCUGCGAACGUGGAUUUGCCCACACAACGAUAUCUCGAAAGUUUUAAAUGGCCGCCAUGGACUAGUCAGGGCAAAUUCCAGUCCAAUCAACUCACGCUCCGGCAUCGCGUUCCGCGCCAAUUAUCCACCACGGAGGAUGCUUCCAGCCGCUUCGUUGAGUCCUUCUAUCCAGCCAACCCUGUAAAGUCUCACGUCCUCGUUCUAUCACCACAGGCAGAGCUAUCACCUCUCUAUUUCCAUUACCUCAAGUACACCCUCCUAGAAUACAAGUACUCGAACUAUGGCGCCCACGACUCGGAGCAAAUUCUCGGCGUAAGCCUGGAACUGCCCUCUCAACAUCUCAACGAGACCGCCGCCUUUGAACCUCCGCGAGCAAGACUUGAUACCACUUGGUCAAAUGGUGAACAAGGGGCCACUUCAUUUCUUUGGGAAGCACCAAACAGUAACGCCGCGCUCUACUUCGGCGACAAGUGGGUCGAAUUCCACAAUUUCCUGAGUAAUCGGAUGCAAGUGUACCAUUCGCAGAUGGAGGCCCGCCAACCGUCUCCUCCCCGGAAGAAGCUCGUCAGCGAAAAAUAUCCCGCAUGGAUGGAAUACAUGCUUGAACUUAUUCGCGCUAGAGGCUACUCGAUGCUUUAUCCAGCCUUCAAGCAAGAAGAUGCUUUAGUUGUCGUCCACAACGAACUCUACCAGAUUCCUGAAGAAUUCCAGCAUGUCCCAGGCGAGAUGACUGAGGGCGUCAACUCUGCUGAUCCGGAAAACCCACCCCCUCUUGACCCCAACGAACCAUUUCUCACCGAUCCUUCCACACACAAAGCAUUCACGCCGUUGAACGAACCACCUCUCGGCUCCCGCUCUAUCGUGUCUAUGCUUCCUUACGAUGGCGAUUUGCCCGAAGUAGCUAUCAUGCCUCAUCUCACCUUUGACGGCCGUGAAGUGUCAGCAGAAGAAUCAAUAAAUGAGGCAUUAGCAUUCAAGGCAAUCUUCCAAUCUGAAGUUGGCGGAUGCCCUGAGCCAAAACCCCAAAAAGUUCGCCCCAUGGGGGCGAUUGACUUGUUCUGCUUACAAGACGAAGAAACCGGAGGAGAAUAUUUAAACAGAGAUGAUGAGCAAACGGGUGCUUAUGAUGCCAAAGGCGUCCCAGCCGUCUCGAAUGAUAUUUUCCCAAGCGAGGAUAAGUACGGACCAGCUGCUGGAGAGGAGAAGACUACUUCUGGUUUUGCAUUUGACGAGACAAGUGACAAGCCAACUACACGAGGUUCGCAACCGGCAUCUUAAUAGCAAAAGACGGAGACGCUGGCAGCCGGGCAGCAUAUAAAAACGCAGUCGAAAACCCAGGUCUCGCUAAUAUAACCAUGCACUUUACGCAAGUGUUUCGAAAAAAUCUCACGGAGCUAUGCAGUGGUUUGAUAUCGAGUGAGACAUCGCAAUUUAUUUGGACUUUUUUUGGUCUCCUUAGCUUUUCCCACGGAUAUACCAUGUCAUGUCCUUUUUAUUUGAUGGGGUUCUAAACAUCUAUGCAAAUUUUUCUACUGCGACU